AUGAUCACGAAUAGUGGAGAAAAGUUAACAAAACGUUUACGAUCUAAAGUAUUUCGAGUUAUAUUAAGACAAGAUAUGGCUUAUUUUGAUGAUCAGAAAAAUAAUACCGGAGCAUUGUGUACACGUUUAGCCGUAGAAGCAUCAGCCGUUCAAGGUGCAACGGGUAUUCGAAUUGGUCUUUUGCUUCAAAACUUUUCCAGUCUUGGUGUAGGUAUUAUACUCGGCUUCGUUUAUGGUUGGGCACUAACACUAAUGCUUCUCGGAUUUAUUCCACUUAUCGGUAUUGGUGAAUUUUUACAAUCAAAACUAGUUAGUGAGUUUGCAAGCAAAGACAAAAAGGCUCUAGAAAACGCUGGAAAGGUGACUGUAGAAGUCAUCCAAAACAUUCGUACUGUGGCACAAUUAACACAAGCAGAGCAUUUUGGGAAUGAAUAUGCCCAUUUAGUGGAAAUUCCAUAA